UGCUGUGGCGGCCCGGUUUGCCGGGAAGAUUUGCGGCUCUUGUUCGCAAGGGACGGUGCUGGCCACAGAGGGUCAAAGGGGUGCCCAGCAUGUCCUGGCUGCUCCUCCACAGCACGCUCUGACCAUGAGCAUCAAUUCCUCCCUCAGUAACAAGAACACCUCUGGGAACUUUACGCUGCUGGAAGACAGAGCAGGCAGAGUGACAGAAUCCAUCGCUCUCAUUGUCAUUGCGAUUUUCAUUUGUUUGGGGAACCUGGUGAUCGUCCUCACCCUUUAUAAGAAGUCGUACCUCCUCACGCUCAGCAACAAGUUUGUUUUCAGCCUGACCCUGUCAAACUUCUUGCUGUCUGUGCUGGUGCUGCCUUUUGUUGUGACCAGCUCCAUCCGCCGGGAAUGGAUCUUUGGUGUGGUUUGGUGCAACUUCUCAGCCCUGCUCUACAUGCUGAUCAGCUCCGCCAGUAUGCUCACCCUCGGACUCAUUGCUAUCGACCGGUACUAUGCUGUCCUGUACCCAAUGGUUUACCCAAUGAAGAUUACAGGUAACAGAGCAGUUGUCGCCAUUGUGUAUGUGUGGCUCCAUUCUCUGAUUGGAUGCCUUCCCCCACUCUUCGGCUGGUCUUCCUUAGAGUUUGAUCAGUUCAAAUGGAUGUGUGUGGCCGCUUGGCAUAAACAGGCAGGUUACACUGCCUUUUGGCAGAUCUGGUGUGCAUUACUGCCUUUUGUGAUUAUGAUGAUUUGCUAUGGAUUCAUAUUCCGUGUGGCUAGGAUUAAAGCCCGGAAGAUCCACUGCGGGAGUGUGGUCAUUGUGGAGGAAGAUGCCCAAAGGAAUGGGAGAAAGAACUCAAGUACUUCAACUUCAUCAUCAGGCAGUCGAAAGAACGCUUUCCAGGGGGUUGUUUAUUCUGCCAAUCAGUGUAAAGCUUUGAUAACUAUCUUGGUUGUGAUUGGUGCUUUUGUCAUCACAUGGGGGCCUUACAUGGUGGUUAUUACCUCGGAAGCACUUUGGGGGAAAAACAGCAUUUCCCCUGCUUUGGAGACAUUAGCAACAUGGUUGUCUUUUACAAGCGCAAUUUGCCACCCUUUGAUUUAUGGACUCUGGAAUAAAACAGUACGCAAGGAGCUGCUGGGCAUGUGCUUUGGAGACCGGUACUACAGAGAAUCCUUUGUUCAGCGGCAGAGGACUUCCAGACUAUUCAGUAUUUCUAAUAGGAUUACAGAUUUGGGACUGUCUCCACAUCUCACAGCUCUCAUGACCGGGGAGCGGACUUUAGGGCACAGCAGCAGCACUGGCGAUACAGGCUUCAGCUGUUCUCAGGAUUCAGGAACUGAUGUCAUGCUUCUUGAAGACUAUAGUUCUGAUGGAAUGCAUCAUCCCCAUUGUGUGUACCCCCAUCGACGGAGAAGUUCUGUAACAUUUGAAGACGAAGUGGAACAAAUUAAAGAAGCAGCCAAGAGUUCUGUUCUACAUGUAAAAGCUGAUGUGCAUAAGUCUCUGGACAGUUACGCUUCCAGCUUGGCUAAAGCUAUUGAAGCAGAUGUGAGGAUCACCUUGUUUGGAGGAGAUGCUUUACCUGGCUCUUUGUUUCCAGUGCGAACUGUGGCAGGCAACACUGCGUGUGCACGGCGUGGUGGCAGGGGCCAUGUUGGGCAAAGACUACAGCUACAGAGUAUUGAGGAAGGGAACACUUAAAAGCCCUGCCACAGGGAAUGUACAAAACCACUAAGGACAAUGCAAGGCUGCUCUUGUAAAAGAAAAUGUAACAGCCUCCAGUGCAUUAGCCAAGGGCACUGAAAAUACCCAAAGGCAUGUCUUAACAGUGUUAGAAUGUGUUUCUGUAUGUAAAAUGUGUACCGCACACUGUUGGGUGGGGUGGGUGGAUAACACGUGGCCUGUGAGCCACAUGCAGCCUCUACUAGUGCCCCUUUUGCAGUAGCAAAACAAUUGGUGGUUGGUCACCAAAUUUGGUGGCAAACAAUGAUGGGGCCCUCAAAAGGCCAAAUUUAGUGUUAAAGGCUUGUUUUAAAGCUAUUUUGGGCUCCUCGUCAGUGUUGGAGUUUGUUGCUGUGAUUCAGUAGCAAACCACUGGUCCUUUUGCCAUUAUGCAGCAGUGGGGUAAUGGCCCCCAGGAGAUUCAGGGGCACUGAGCACCCCACCCCUGCUGUAGGGUAUGUUUAGGGAUAUCUUGUGCCUAAAUUGCUGUUCAGCAAAGAAACAGAUUCCAACAAAAGGGAAAUUUAGAAUAGAAAACUGAAAAGUAAAUGAUAAAAUGCAGGCUGUUUUCUGUGGCAUGGAUUCUUUUCGUGCUUGUUUCCUCUGAGCUCCAGCUGCAUAUGCAGUCAGUUUUCAAGAAAGUUCCUUCCCCUCAGCAGCACUUUGGUAAAUGUCAAAAUUUUUUCUGCAUUCUCCUAGAAAGCAUUCCAAUUAAACAGUUGCCUUACUAGGCCAAAUUAGGUCUGUCAAACUCUCAGUAAUAACUGAGAGUUUUAGGGUGCUUACAUGCUAGGCAUUCUGUAUGGGUUUGCCAUCCUUCAUUUGGUCACUUUUUAUGGGAUAACUACACUAUGAUGUCAUCCAAUCAUUGUCAUAUUUUCCAUAUAUUUUCUGCAAGACUGCAGAAAGCAUAACCAAUUUUUAUAAUGGGUGACAAGCAUAAUUUUCACAGGUUAACAUAUCCUUAUGGCACUCUUCCCCCUUUUGUAAAGGGUAGGGCAUUGGUGUGGGCAGUGACAUAACACGUCACAUGGAACUUACUGUGGUUUCAGACUCUAUAACCUUUGUAGUAGGAGCCAUUUAAGAAUAUUGAUUGGGUUUUCAUGACAUGGCAACCUAUUAAAGGUAACUAGCCAUGGUAGUUCGCCAUGUUGUGUGAACCUGGACCACUUUUGCCAGAUGGUUUUUUGGGGGCAACAAGCCACCCUGACAACCCAUGGUUUGUUCUAGAAGUUCUUGGACUUAGAAUGGGUGAUUGUCUCAUCCAAAUCCAAGGAACCAACUAUGUGUUUAGGGGAACAGGGUGAAAGUCAUUCAGUAACAGCAGCAAAAACUCCUUGCCUGCCCAAGCUGAACCCACCCAAGCCACUGUUAGCUGCUCUACCCAAGUGUCGCUUUGGAGUGACUGACACUGGCUUAGUCUCACUGCUUUAAUCACAAUACAUUUAGAAGUCACUCAAGAUUUUCCUCCCCAGUUUUGGAAAUCACAAAAACAAACAGUGACAGUUCUCUCAAAGUGCCCAAAUGGUAUAUUGGAGUGACUGACACUGGUUCACUGCCAUCUUUUACUUGGGCCAGAAAUGUGUGCAAAUAUUUUAAUUAUUUGUAUUGCUGUUGUUGAUAGUUCAGAGGUGCACAAGCCCAAAACUCCAACUGCCCAAAAUGUAAAGCUCUGCCAGGUCAGUGCCCUUGUGUUUGCUGAUUACCUAAGAAAGCCAGGCUUCAGAUACAUGACUUUGCUGUCACUUGACAGUUGUCAAACAGUGAGUUGUCAAAGACAGCAAGAAGAUCUUCGCUUGCAAAGAGGUGCCAGCUGUUUCAUCCCCAUCACAGUGAAAUCUUGUGGGUUCUAAGUUUGGAAAACAGGGUUUUUGACAUGGCUAAAGGAUAUUAUGACAGGUUUCACGGCUGCAUAUAUCCCUUUAAACCCCUCUACCCUUUCAGCCCUGUCCAAAACCCCAUUCUUUAAGAACAUCUUACUUUGGACAGUUGUCAAAAGUAACUAAUACUAUAAAUGGGUGGGCUGCACUUUUCUAAUUUCUGAAGCACCUAAAGACUCAGGAGAAGAUAGAAGAAAAUGUCCAGUCCAAACUUAAGACCUAGACACUCACUGUGAAGAGGAUUAUGUAAUUGCCUCUCACUUUUGCAAGCAAAGAUCUUGUGGCUUGGCUUUGCACUUGCAGCUCACCAUUGGAUAGCUGUGAAGAGAAAGCCAAAUCGCGUAUACGAAGCCUAGUUCGCCAAUGUCCAAGGACAUUAACUAGACAUGAGCACAACUCUAAACUACUGAUGCUUUUUUAUAAUGUAACAAAAACAUAUGUGUACCUUUCUGCUUCAAAAAAUAAAAAUAGGAAGUGAACCAGUAGUAGCCACUCCCAUGUGCUGCUUGGGCACUUUAAAGGAGCUGUCAUUGUCACUUUGGAGAUUGCAAAAAGCCUUCCCUGGAAAAAAGUAAUAGUGGUUGCAGAAACCAGGUGCUCACAAUCAGGGUUGGGAGGGGAUGCUAAACAGGUUCUGCUGCACUGGGCCCUAGAAUAUCUGUGAGAGAACCAAGGGGAACAUGGGAGGGGAGAACUUAUAUUAAGCUCAGUCAUCUGGUAGGGUACACAAGUUGUUCCAUGAACAGAAUACACAGACUUGAGUUGCUGUGCUCUUUGAACAUGACCAUUGUUUUUUUCUUUAAAAAACUCUCUUUCUAAUCACCACUAUUAAGCACGUUGUUGAAAUGAUAGAACUUGGAAAAGUUUCUAGCAUUUACAAACUGGCAUUAUUGUGUUAUGGUGUUAUAACACUAUAAUGCUAUAUAUCAUUGCCAUUAACCACCUUGCCACAAAUGCGGUGACCAGAAAGUUCUCUAUAGUUUUUUUAAUGUCAUCACAUGAUGAUGCACUUUCAACUGAGUGGUAUGUACUAAUAUUUGAAUAUUCUUAAACUUCAGGAAAGCAUUUUAGUCCUAAAAGCUUUAUAUUUAAAAAAAAUCAACAAUUACAUAAAAUUCCAGGCAAGAGUAAAUGUGUGAUAGCUAAAUUGUACCUUCAGUUUCCCUGGCAGCUAUGUUGUGACCACCAGUACCCAAAGAGAAAAAGUACAUUCCCAAAAGUAGUGUUGGGAGCUGCCCACUUGGGAAUGUCUACAGUAUGUCAUACUGAAAAAGGAAAUAGAGAUGGAGUAAUCCAUGUAUCAAGUAUUGGUUCCUUACCCACUCGGGGAGGAAAACAAGCAUGAGAUUUCACAGUUGGAUAGAAGUUCACCUUUCAUGCAGAGCUAGGCAACGAUGUGCCCUACAGAUGUUUUGGACUAUAACCCCUAUCAUCCCUUACCAUUGCCUAUGCUGGCUGUGGCUUAUGGAAAUAUUGUACUAAAGCAGCCACGCUUUAAAGAAUUCAGAGGAGCACCAUCUGUUUAAAGAAUGCACAUGAUUUGAACAAGUUCUUUCAAGGUAAGGUAAACAUCAAGGGUUUUUCCAAAUUGAUGAUGCCCAAUAAUGAAAGACCAAGGCACAAGAUUGGAAUUUAUUGGUAUUUCUGAGUAUUCAUGAACCCAGUUUCAAUUAGUGGUCUCAGGCCGUUCAUAUGCAGUCAGGCUGAUGAAAGCAGUCAAGUUAUCCUUGGUACUGCUGUUGUGGGAACCUACUUGAAAUCCUCUCUGAUUUCUCAGAGGUUGCAAAAAGACUGAAAUCCUGAUUCCAUUAAAACAAUUGGGCACUUUAUUAUAUCACUGUGUGGCUAUCCUUGUAAUUCAACUUUGGCAAAGUUUAGUCAUGGGUGAGCUUUGUUGUCAUAAUGUAACACAAUGUUGUCACAAUACAUGAACACAAGAGUCUUAAAUGCAACACCAAUGUAACUCAACAGGUUUAUAACAAUAGGAGUCAACAUUUUGCACAGACUUUUUCCUUAGCUAUCUACAAAAAUUAUGUUUACAACAUUGCAAGUGUGCUAAUAACAGCCUUGAAAUGUUUUAAUAUUCUGUGUAUAACGUGUGUUUUGAAAUGCAGAACAGCUGUUAAUAACUUUGUAAAUGUUUAAACAUGCAUGUUAAUGCUCUCUUUUUUUACAGAAAAAUGAUACUUUAUAUUUGCUUUUCCUUUUCCACCCGUGUAACCUGAGAAUGCCUUCUAAACAGAAAGGGAUCAGGUUCGGAUCAGCCCCAACUGGUGGCUCCUGUGUCUGGCCACUCAAGUAUAAAUACAUUGCAAAAGCAGUUAAAAUGUACUGAAUAGAUCAUUGUCAUGCGUGGAAUCCAAAUAAAAGAGAUGUAUACCUUGUGGCCUUGAGCCACAGUAACAUUUUGUAAUUUAAAAAACCUCUUUGAGGGAAUAUCUUGACCGCUCCUGCCAAGGAAUUGGCAUCUUGCAAUGUAUCAGUGACACUGUGACAUCUGUGAUGUGUUCCAAGGUACUAACCCUCACAGACUCCAGGCCAUCUCAGGACAAGUUUCUACCCCAAAUGAAAGAAAGAACAGAUUGAAGCAGCUGAUACAGCUUUCUUUUUUUCUGUAUUUCAGACAGAAGUUCUUUGCUAAUAAUUGGGCUGUUCAUACACUAUUUUUAUAGUGGAAGGCAUUGAUAAACUGGUCAGAUAGCUACACUGUGAUCCAGUUCACACAACCAUAGUUAACUGUGGCACAUGCCAAUAUGUGAGGGCAGUUGGUGAACAUUCAAGCUAUGGCUUGUAACAUCCGAACCCAGAUAGUGUUGGCAGAACAAGUCAUGGAUUGUACAAAGGUUGUUUAAUUCUCACUUAACUACCUGUGUUCAGAUAGCACAACAAGCUAUGAGCUGACUAUUCAGAAUGGUUUUCCACAUGCAGUAGAAUGUGCCACAGCCCUUCAUAGCUUAAACCAUAGCUUAUUUGAUUAUGUAAACUGGCUCCAAGUGUUUGCUACUAGGAGGAAAAAUACUUGGGGAUUGUUUUUGGUACUGUUAUUGAGCAAUUAAGGCUAUGCUAUAAUAC